AUGACCUUCCAGAUGACCCCUACCAAGCAAAAAAUCCACAAGUCUAUCGACGGCAAGGUUCCUCUAAUGCAACUGGCGACGAAGGAUGCUUGUAAGUCUGUUUCGGAAAUCGACGAAAUGACGAAGCCCCACAAGUUCAGGUCAGAACCUGAGACUCUUCAAUUAGUGUCUUGUCUGGUACCUUCGAAUCACGACGCCCUUCACCGCCUGAACCACGCACCACUAAAACAGAAGAAGAAGGAAGGAGGGAGGUUCCACUUGUGGGCACAUGAUAAGGAUGGUAGAUCUACUGCUACUGCCCCUAGUAAGUGUGAUGGGUCCCACACCUUCAAAUGA